GACAGGUAAAAAUGGAAGCCAGAGGCACGCACGUCGGGGCAGACAAUAGCUUGUCAACUACUCACAACUAUAUACCAUGAAGUUUGUUUUGUUGUCCCCCCGUGCCUGAUGUGUGAGAGAGGUCGAAGAAUAGGUAAAGGGAGAGAGAGCAAGGCAGAGUGAGACUGGAGUAGAAGAGUAAACUUUUGAGGCCAUCGGAAAAGGAAAAAAAGGAGGCGUGGCUUGAAAGUUGGUGUCGCGUGAGUCUGUGACGUGCAGGUUAGGCCAUUGAAGGUGUCUCAAUAGUUCACCUUGUGAAGUCUAUUGUUUAAGUUAGGCUUUUAUCCUUCGUGUGCCGAGGUACUACUAGACGCGUGCCACCAGGCCGGAUCGACCACAUUCGCGUGACAUAGUCGCAGGGACAACAUCAAACUUUUAAAGGCUGUUGACUUGUUCUUCAAUAUUCUGCAAACCAAACAACCUGUUGCUAGAAUUCUUCGCUCUACCUGUUGCUCGGUUCGCAACUCUCGGCAUCCCUCGACACUUUUUUUUCUGAUUAUCAACAAGUGUUUGCCUCAAUUAGCCGAAAUUUAAUCUCUUACAAAAACUUAGUCGAACUGCUUCUUCAAGAAUCUUGAAGAAUAUUCUGUUCCUGGGCGUCAUCUACGAUUUUGUAUUAUUUCAGGGAUACUUAAUUCCCAUUCAUCUUGGCAAUUGAAACAUCAUUUCUGCAUCUCAUUAAAAAAAGACACAAAAUGGAGAACAUUGUUCCAAUUUCCAUCCAUACAACUCAACUUCUUCAAGCCGUCAGUGUGAACAACCAAACGACGGUGCGGACGACGUCGAUUGACGAUCUCCCAAAGCGUGUGCGACGACUUCGAGUAAACGAUGACCAAACACCCGAGCUUACUCGUUGUAAGAGGAGAAUCCACUUUAACCAUCUGGGCUACGAACUAAAUCAACCAGCCCCUGCUGCCGUCGCCCGCCGUAACGAACGGGAACGAAAUCGCGUCAAACUUGUCAACCUCGGGUUUACUAGCUUGCGCCAGCAGCUGCCAAACGGCGUCAACAACAAGAAAAUGAGCAAAGUGGAAACGCUGAGAUCAGCGGUGUCGUAUAUCAGACAACUCCAACAGAUGCUCGACGAGGAAGCAGCCGUCAACGCAGUAUUCAACGGUCAGAGUUUGCCCCCGACCACAGCCAGCCUAAGUUCGGCUUCGUCACCCGCUAGUUCACCCGGUGGGUCGAGCCCCUGUGAGCCCCUUUCCCCCGAAGACGAAGACCUGCUCAACUUCCACGAAUGGUUCUAGAGUUACGCCUACCCAGCUACCACCCAUCCCAGCUUUUGUUAAACUAAAGGUAUGGGCGUGGCUUGUUGAUGUCUCGACCAAUCGGAAUCAGGCGCGUGGCUACCUGGAUGCAUUAACCUUGAAGUUGACCAAUAAGGGCUUCUUUUGACCCUUGGCGGGAGCCGUCCAUCGUUCAACUGGAACGCGUCAUGGGCGGGGCUUGUGAAUGCGGCAGAAUCCCGUCCGUUCGAAACAAAGCAAGGCAAGAAUUUCGCUGCUCCCCUGGAGUCUCCAAUGCCAUCUAGACUUCCGAAGCAACGUUCCACAAGUGUGAGCAAGCAAAUGCUCUUUAGCCCGAUUCAAAGACACACUUUAUUUCAAUCAAAGUAUAAUUGACACUUUCUUAGCAUCGAUUGUUUGUAUAAAUGAUGUUAUAUAACAAAAUUAUAUUUUGCACUAUAACUGUAUGAUAUUGACGAAUCUUUAUAUUAAAAAUAUGUAGGUCUAUCAUUUCAUUCCACUCUUCAUGCAACAGUGUACCUGUAUAUGAAUAAUAGUAAGGAAAGUUGCUUUCCUCGUUUGAACGUGGAAUAUACCCACUACCAAUUUCUUUAAAUCCAAUACAAAUUGAGGUUUGUUUGAACACUUAAACGUGACUGCAAAUCAUGGGGAACUGUUUGCAAACUAUGCAAUGGAAACAUUUCAAUGAAAAUAAACAGCUCAAUUUUCUGCCUUUUGCUGCCAUUCGACAAAAAAAACAACUUCAAAUUGAUUCACGUUAAAUAUCACAAUCUGCCUUCGGAUCAUAUGCUCUUCCCUCUAUCCCAGUGAUCCUUAUCUCUUACAAAAACAAAUUAUUGUCAAGAUUAUUAUUGAACCACAUAAUAUAUAUAUUGUCUAAAAUUCUAUCGACAUCUAGUGUAAUUAUAACUUAUUUAGUCUAUGGAGGACAAAUGAAACAUGUAUGUACUAUAUCGUUAUAUAGCAAGAUUAUUAUAAGAGGGGAGUCGUCUUCUAUAUAUACUUCCAAGAUAUUUUUCUCAAUGACAUUGUGUAUAUAGUGUAUUUUUAAACUAAAAUACUGAUAUACAAAAUAGAUAUUGCUUUCAUUCUGAAAUGUUUAUAGGGGUUUUCUAGCUGCAUCGGUUUUCUGGACAAGAGCAGUCGUUUUCCCCAUCCUUCUACACACACAGCAAAAACUGUGGUGUUAACCGGUGUACAUAGAGGACCACACCAGUUAUUUUACACCGGUGUUAAAUUGGCGGUGUUAGUUUUACAUCUAUACGUGUUAUUACAACACCUAUGGUUGUUACAUUUACACUCGUUGGUGUUAUGUUCAAUCUCUAGGGUGUUAUUUUAACACCUCAGGGUGUGGUCCUCUAUUAACACCAAUUGGUGUCAGUUUUAACACCACAGUUUUUACAGUGCAGUUGAAGAGAAAUCACCGGUGUUGCUUAUUCAAAAUAUCGCUUUAUUUCUCUUUUUAUUACCAUUUGUUUAUUUUAAAAAAGACGUGUCUUUAAUACAAGCUUCAUAACAUUCCAUUUUAUAAGAAACUGUGUGCUAUAGCAUAGUGUUGAUUCGACGCUAAACUUUAGACACUAAAAAUCUGUCGCAUACCAUACCUGUUGUACCUCGCAUGUUUCUUCGUAGCUUAGUUCAUCGUAGACAUGGUAGAUAGUAGAAAACUGUCUGAAAUGUAUUCGAACGAGAGAUUCCUUCCUAUUUUUGUAUUUUUUAAAACAUAUUACAGCCAAUACCAUGGUAUGACAAGGGAAUAUAUCAUAAAUAUAAUCACGAAGAUGUUCACUAUGCUCCGCAAAAGAAGAGGGGUGCGUGCAUUGUAAAAUGGAAAAAGUCAAUCAAGAGCUUUGAUAUACAUACAUAUGGAUAUUCAUUUAAAUUAAUCAGAAUUGUUGCUAUAACUUUGUAACAUAAAAUAUCAAAGCGUUCUGGUAAUAUGUCAUCACGUUUAAACUCAAAAUGGAAUUUCCUGAUUUUGAUAACGUAUUUGUCAUGAAACAUAUCGUGUUUUAAACGAUUCCAUCAAAAUAUUCUUCAGUAGGUUAGAACGUGUGUGAAAUCUGAAUUCUUCCUUUCUCAUUAAUUAUUUAUAACUAAUAUUCUGGAUUUUAGAAUAUGCAACAUACUGCCUUCAAAUUAACAAUUUCGUAAUAUAUUAAGUGCCUUGGGAGAAAAAGAAACAACAAUUAAGUGAUUUUUACAGUGAUUAUACCAUGUGUAAUCAAACGGGAUUCCAUGCUUGGCUACUUUGUAACGUAUAUUUUUGUAUGAAUUUUCUACGCAUAGCGAUCUUUUUUUUUACAUGCUUUUUAUUGCAAAAUAUUCUGUAUUCAUGUCGAAUUAUAAUGUAUGUCUGUAAAUUUGUUUGUACAAAAGAAAAUAUAGAACUAUUUUUUGCCGUUGAAGACGGAGAAUGCCAAUUAAAUAUGCAGAUAAAACAAA